AUGGAGUCCAUUCUCAACGUUUUAAUCCUCGGCGGGAGUAGUGUUCGAUAUACGCUCUCCCAGGUCAAAAUACUUGAGAAGAUACUUGACCGCAUCAACCACGACUGCCCGGAGUUACCAGAAUUCCGCGCGAUUGCCGAUGUAUUCCGUGUAAUGGUUGCAAAUGGACCUAGUAGCUUCGUGAUAUUUCUAUUUGCUCUACGAGCUACUCCGGCGGAUGUGGCGAAGGAGCUCAGUAUUCUUCUUCAAGAUGUAUUCGACUGUGACGACCUCUCCCCCAACGAGCGUACCUGGCGGCUGGAACAGCAUGUCUAUAGGAUGCUAGAUUCAUACAAUCUCCCUAGGGAUACGACUUUACGUCAGUUGGCAGAGCUAAAGAAUACGCCACUCCUGAUCUUUGGGUGCAGUCUUACGAGAGAUCUGGCCUCAUUCCGAUCAUUAUCGACACGCGCGCUGAGCGGAGCUCCUUCUUACUGCGACACCACUGUAGCUCACGCCCUCCUUGCCACUUCUGCGUCUGUUCCCUGGUUCACACCAGUCAGCAUUGGGGCCGGGAAUCUUUCAGAGGAGCACAUAUCGUCCACAAACAUCUAUCCAAAUCCCAUUAAAAUAAUUCACCUCCUGCGCACCACGUUUGGGGAUGAGAUCCGACUAUCUUCGAUUGUCAUUCUCGGUAGCGGGGCCUUACCUGCAAUCGAGCAUAACGCGCCGCCCACUAUGGUGUAUAGAGGCAUCGAAGAAGCAGGUAUCGAAGAUUUUCACAGAUUACAUCUGGGGACAUCUCGGUGUUUUCAUUUCACAGUCGAACCCGGUAUGGUCAGGUACGAUGGGAGUCCUGCGCCUGACCUUCCAACAAUCAUUUCGCAUACAGUGCGCUAUCUCGAGAAACCGGUGGUUGAAAAACAAUUGGAACUUCUCGGAGCGGCCAUGGGCGGACAACUUCGAGCUCCUAUGCCGACAUUGGGCAGCCUAGCCAAUCCCUUUCCGGCACUUGAACGUACUAAGCCCGCCGCUUUCCCUUGUUGCAAAGAUGUCACAAAAUGGGCAGAAGAUCCCGGCGCAUCUCCCCGGAUUCUCAUUGUCACGGAUAUUCCGGCGGCAACCAAUGCCAGUAUCAGAGGCCAUCUGAUUGGUCAUCUGAAAAAAUAUCUCGCCUUUGAUUACUCCUUCCCACAAGGUGCCUCGGAACCUUCCACCCCCCGCAAUCUGUGUUACCAAGUGAACCCGAAGGUUUGCUCUAAAUUUGUCCAUCUGAGGCCCUCGCUGCGAGCAAUAAUGCCCCAUCUCCCUUUCAUUCGUGAGCACGAUCUACGGAUGAACUGGGAGAUGUUGGUAGUAGAUCCGCUCCGGCGGCUAGAUCGUCCUUUGGUUAUUCUGGAGAACUUGGAGGAAUGCAAUGCUGUGGAUCAGGCCGAUUUCACCUCACUCCUCCUCGAAACCUUUGGCCCAAACGCCAUACUGCCUAAAUCGAAGGUCAUUAUUAUAGCCCGCUCAGUAACGUCACCGGUUGUGGCAGCACUCUUGCGCUCUCCUCAUGCUGGGACCUUGACCCCCGCAUUACCUGCAGCUACUGACCCAGGGUGCAGCGCCCAUGAUAACAAUACUCAGCCCGAGCCACUUCUGAACCACUCUUCUCGCGUCGAGGUAUGCAGGGCACUGAAUUGUCGCGGGUCAAUUCAUCUCAAACAAGCGUACGCUGCGGCCUUUACUGUGGCACCACACGACCCGGCCUUCUGCAAUACCCCAAUUAAUCGGGUCCUCCGUCGUAUAUUCAUGGCAUCGACCCCACGAAUCACAAUGAGCACCUUCUCCCCUGUUGGAGACUCAGUCUUCACUGGACAUGUGGAUCGGAACAUUCGUUUAUGGACGCCUGGAUCCUUGUUGCCAGAGACGUUCUCUGGGCACACAGGUCGCAUCACUGUCAUCAGCCCUGCCCCCUAUGGUAGUCGAUUCGCCUCAGGGUCAGCUGAUAACAGUGUACGUAUAUGGCAUAAGGAUGCAGCCUCAGUGCGUUGUGAGGUUAUGACAGGUCACCGGGACCAAGUAUCGUGCCUCGACUGGUCACCCUCUGGCGAAUAUCUCGUCUCGGGCUCAAUGGAUCACACGCUUCGCCUGUGGAAUACUCAGCGCGGAGACAAGAUUGGCAAAGAGAUCUCGGAUGACCUUGGUCCCAUCACGUCUGUAAAGUUUAUGUCCAACGGUAGCCACUUCGCUUGCAGCUCUUCCACCGGCGACCUUGCUGUAUUCUCAGCACCAAAGUGCGAGCUUCAGGCUCGAGUUGCGCUGUCGAUUGUCAUUCAUCAGAUUGCAUGGGACAAUGGGCGGCUUCUUGCUGUACUUGAGGACGGCACUGUUCAAGUAUGGACCCUUGACGUCGAUCGAAGGAUUCUUACAUUGAUUUCGACCAUUAAACACCCGCCUAUCGAUCCUCACCACAGCCUAGUAACAUCAUCUCCGACAAGCAUCGUCGCUCCGGCGUCCUGCUACCCAGGAUGA